AUGGCCCCAGUGAGAGUAAAUCAUUGUGCCCGCCAAGCUGGUGCUGAAUCCCAGUUCCCUCUAAGUCAGACUUUCCACAUGAGGAAAAGCGGGAACUGUGUUGGCUCUGGCCGAGAUGGUGGAUGCGAACUCCAGAAAAACGCAGGCUGCAGCUGGGCCCACCUCGGAUCGUCCCUGCUGGAGGCGGACGGCACCCCGGGGAGGAGGAGCCAGCCCCGUAAGGUCGGAGCCCGCGAGCGCCGGAGGGCCGGCAGGAUCGAGGCUCCGCAGCGCCCAGCAGCCCGGCCUCCCCGCUGCCUGCGCCCCCGCGCCGCCUCCCCUCGCCGCCUGGAAGAAGGAUCCUACUGCCAUCUGCCUCAGGUUUGCAUUCUCAGUAUUUGGGUCCGUCCUGAAUGGAGAAGGGAGAGACUAGGCCUGCGAACGUCUGCAAGAAGGGCCUUGUCCACCUCAGCACUGGAGCACUUCUCCGUUUGCAAUUUCUUUUUGUGUACUAGUUUACAGUUUUUCUGUGCAACUAGAAGCAAGAUACAAGCUAACGACAAUAAUAUUGCUCAUCCAAUUCAUCCUUCUGACUACUCCACUGUGGUGAUGACAGCUGAGUGGUGUUUGAAGUCACAAAUGUCACUGCUUUCACUUAGUAUACGAAUUAAAGUCGGCAUGGCCAAGGAAAGAGGGGCCAAAGACGAAGCAAGAUGGGAACUCCACUGGCGUCGGAGGCUGGAGGUGGGAAUAUGGACUCGGAAGUCUGGAGUGUCCACUAGCGGGCUGUCCAAGGAGAACCCCAGUGGCCAUCAGGACCAGGGAAGAGGAGCAAGAUGGACUGUGUGGACAGAAGAGCAUCACUUCUCAGCUGAGAGCCCUGGGAAGCAGCCUCAGACGGGUGUCUGCACGCUCGUGUGCACGGCAGCACGAUUCACAACAGCGGAAAGGUGGAAGCAACCCGAAGGCCCAUCCGUGGUCCAUGAAAUCCGAGAGUCUGGGAACCAUUCCCCUGGAGGGUGUGAGGGGAAACCAAGGAAGAGCCAGAGGAAAUGGGUGUGAGUGGAGCCCGAACUUACUCACAACGCGAAUUUCCUGACAGCCUUCAACUGAUUGGAUGAGGCCCACCCCACGGUAAAGAGGACAACCUGCUGCUGUACGUUUUAUUUAUUUGCGAGAGAGAAAGAGUGAGCAGGAGGAAGAGUGAGAGAGAACCUGAAGCUGACUCCACGCUAGGCUCAGAGCCCGACGUGAGGCUCCAUCCCACCACCACGAAAUCAUGACCUGAGCCGAAACCAAGAGUUGGACACUUACCCACCUGAGCCACCCAGUCUCCCCCCCUUUGCCCCUUUUUAAUUGGGUUGUAUUUUUUUUGCCAUUGAGUUGUAGGAGUUCUUAUAUAUUUUCUUUUAAUUUUUUUAAUUGAGAAGUAGGUGUAAUCUUCUUUAGCAUUUUAUGCCUUUUGAUGACCUAGUAUGGCGCAGGUAUUCCUUAUAUAUUUUAGAUAUUAACCCUUCACACAUGGUUUGCAAAUACUUCAUCCCAUCCUGCAGGUUGCCUUUUUACUCUAUGAAUUAUUUCCAUUGCCACACAGAAGCUCUUUAGUUUACUGUCAUCCUACUUGUCUAUUCUAGCUUUUGUUGCCUGUGCUUUUGGUGUCAUACCCAAGAAAUCAUUGCCAAGACCGUUCGGUUCCUUAAGAGUGAGUGUAUUCUUUCUCCCCUCGGGCGGUGCUCCUCAAAGCUUGUACUCACAUUUUCCCUACAAAACCAAAUCAUUUGAUUUUUAGUGAUGACCUUUUAAACUGAAUUUACAAUAGAACCAGCAGUAAUUUCAGAUAUUUCACCUUUAACAGAAUAAACCUCCCAAAACUUUACGUUGAUUCCAUGAAUUGUAUGAAACAACAACACACAAGCACCAUUCUUGGGCUGAACUGCUUUUCUUUUUGAAACAUCUCAUGACACCAUAUCAAACCACUAGCGUUAACCCUUUGCAAAGUUCUGCCACCGCCAAUGGAGCCAACACAGUGAUUGCCUCAUGUAUCACGUCUGCAAGAAAAUGUGAAAUAAAAAAAGAGCAAAAUUAACUUAGGAGAACAGCUAUCUGAUAUAAACAAAAGCUCGUGCCUCACAGGGUGAUGUGUAAAUGGCAGCUGUGCACGUCACUGUUGUCUGUGGGAAUAACUACUUACCUGCUUCAAAUAUAUCCUAACCUGCAAGAGGUGCCCGUAUCUCGCAGUGCCCUCUGGGUUUCAUGUGAUCCACGGCAGAACAACAGCCCUCAGGGCAGAUGGUAAAUAGCAACAAACAUUUUGACCAAGCUGUUUUUUUUUAAAGAUUGAUUGAUUGAUUGAUUUUGUUUAUUUAUUUUGGAGAGAGAGAGAGCGCGGAUGGGGGCAGGAGGGGCAGAAGGAGAGGGAGAGAGAAUCCCAAGUGUGAUGCAGGGCUCAAUCUCACAACCCUGAGAUCAUGACCUGAGCAGAAACCAAGAGUCGGAGGCUUAACAACUGAGCCCAGACACCCCUUGACCAAAUCGUUUAAAGGGCCCACUUCUAGGGCUGCUCCUGAGACCAUUGCUUCUUAUUCUGGUGGUCAUGCAUUACCUGCUUGCUGUCUCCGAAAACUUUAAGGAUUUUUUUUUUAAACCUCUGGUGUCUUCAUUUUACAGCAUUACAGCUUGUUGCGUGUGUGUGCGUGUGUGUUCUACGUGCUCAGUGGGGCCUUUAAAUUUAUGAAGUCAUGUCUUUAAAUUCUAGAGAAAAUGUUUAUUUCUGUAGUUGAUGUUGCUAAUUGCGGCCUAGUACAUCUUUUCUUCUUUUUUACUACCAGAAUGUCUGUACCUAGGACAGCAAGGUGCCUCACUGGAAUUUCCCAGCCACCCUCCUUGGCCACUGUCUUCCCACGGACCCACGCCGCCUCUCCGGGAUGCUGCCACCGCUGGGAAAGACUCGGGCUGACACCUGCAGGACGCCUAGGAGGUGCCCGGCACUCCCCACGCUCCCACCAUCGCGAACAGCGUUGCCUCCAGUGACUCUGUAUUAUCAUCCCCCACGGGGAAGGAAGGCACAGAGCACUGAACUCUCCUGAGCAAGUGCACGUAGUCCAAACGGGACGCGCGGUUCAGAGCCAGGAUUUGAACCAAGGAAGUGCUGCUCUGGAGUCUUUGCUGGUGUGACUGCAGAAAGAUGAACAUAUUGAAUGCAUGUAGCCCCCUGUAACUUCAAAAACAUUUCACAUUCUCUCGUCUGAGCCUCUGACUUCCGAUAGGAAGAGCGAGGUAAGUCAGCCUUUUACCUGGAGGUGCCCUGACGUGCUGCGGUUCAAGCUCCGUAGCCCGAAGCUCAGCUGUGCCACUGGUUCAUCUUGAUGAUUACGAACCUUCCUUGACACACUGUUCCACAAAGAGGCACUGUAAAGCUAAUAUAAAUAUUAGACUGCAAGUUAUAAAUUGUUGACUUAAACCUCAGAAAGCAUUUUCCCACAGAAAUAACGUGAGUCAUGGUGAGUAGGCGCGUAGGCUAACCCGCAAAUGCCAGAACGCGUCUUACUGUUUCCACAGUAACCACAGCACUCCAGGGCCUGGCGUGGACAGCAGCCCCGCCGGGAAGCGGAGGGACUGCAGGCCGCGGCCGUGUCCCCCACCCCCGGAGGGAUGAGGCCUAGAGGUGAAGAGGUAUCUGGGGCGGGGGGGCACAUGCCAAAGCCAGUUGUGAGCUGAGGGUUUGUAAAGUGGGAACGGCUGGGCGUGCUCCAUACCUAGGGCUCCACCCAAACCCAAGCCACUUAAGUACAAGGGAGUAAAAUUUGCCAUUUAAUCAGAGAGAUUUCCUGGCACAACACAUACUGCCCGUCUAGGGGACAUGGGAACCUGAGCUGCUAUGCUUAAAGAACCAAGGGUGGACAGAGGCCAGCUCAGAGCCAUUUGUAGGACACUAUGUCCAAGUAGCCCAAUUUCCCAGCAGAAUUCUGCUUUCUCUCUCGUUGUUGGGCCCCUAGUUUUACCAUGAACCUACAGACCUUGUAUGGUUAGAGGCCCUUUUUGUAUCACGGCGACAUGAGAAGAUUUGUAUUCUGAGCUAAUAUGAUCAGUCAUUUUUAAUGAAGCCUUCUGACUUUUACCAGAUUCCAAAUUAGGGAUCUUCUGGGGAAACAGCAUUUGCCAGCUUGACCCAGAAUAAGAGCUGGGCAUUAUCAUGCCUACAGUGAUUAAUUAUAAUAAUUAUAAUCAUAAUACUCAUUCAUUCACUCCUUCAAUUAUGUAUCUAUUUCCUUGGCUCAUUCCAAAAAUCAUGUGAGGUGACCCAGUGUAAUGACGAGGAAGAUCUGAGUCCGUGAAUUCAUUGGAUCCCCUGCAAUUAUAGAAGAGUAAAUAUUUCUCUGCAGAGGGCUGGUUUUUCCUAUUGCCAGUGAUCAGAGAUUGUUUGAUUUUAUUUUGUCUUUUUUUCCUGGAAGAAAUUAAGCAGGUCUUACCACCGAACCUGACUCCUGGCCACAAAGGAUCCCUGGUGUUUAUUAUCAGAGAGGAUCUGUUUAUCCAUUCAUCCACUGAGGGACCUUGUAUUGCUUCUACUCUUCGCUAUUACAGACAGCACUGCUGUGAGCGUUCAGGUACAGAGGUAUUUGUUUUAAAUUCUUGGGGGUCUAUACCUCAGAGUAGAAUUACUCAUCCCAUGAUAAUUCUAUGUUUAACUUAUGGAGGAACCACCAAAAUGUGGUUCCUCCUCAGCCUCCUCCUUCCCAGGCUUUUGGGUCUGUCUGCUGCUUGUCCGGUCCUACACCUUGCCCCAGACAUUUACAAGCAUUUUCCCUUUUUCCAUGCUUUCCCUUUUCUGUGAUGUCAAUCACCCACCUUUAGAUUUUGCUCCAUCAUUUCAUUUCUCUAAUUUUCCUCAAUAUUCCUUUCUCCUCUGGUGUCUUCCCUUGGAUAAAAAAUGACUCUGGUCUCAUCAUCAAAAAGAAAAGCAUCUCUGUCCAAUUUCUCGUCUCUGAAGAGUUGUCCACAUUCUCUCUCUCCCCUUCAAUUUCCUUUCACCUCUCAAACUCCUGCACUCUGGUGUCUAUGAGAGCUCCGUCCCUAAAGACCACAUGUGACUUCCCAAUUGCUCUGAGCAGUGAGUGUCUGUCAGUACUCUUCUUCUGUCUUUCUGUCCAGCAACUCUUCCUUGUUAACUUGUCCCUCCUUCCUUGACACUUGCUCUCCUUGACUUCCAGGACAUUCCCUGGUUUGUGAUUCCUGACAUUUAGGAUUCCUCUUCUCUCUUGUAGGCGUGAGUCUCUCCACUCGGUCCUUAGACUCCAGUGUCCCCCAAGGCUUAAUCCUCCACCCACAGUCCUUGCUACACUCUGUCUAGGUGACCUCAUCCACAUUCACCGUUUCAACAUCGUCUAUGCAUGGAUAACUCCCAAAUCUCUUUCGCUAGUGCUUCUAUUUCCCCCCCUAAGAAGAGGACUCAGCUCUCCUUUUGCCUACUGGCUGGAUAGAUGAAUAUGCAUCUCACAGGUAUCAAAGCAGAACCUAAUCUAUGUCUUCCUCCUAUGUUCUUGAUCACAGAUGGUAACAUCACUUGUCACUAGGUCAGAAACCUCAGUGUCAUUCAAAACUCCUUCCUGUCCCUCACCAUCACCACCCAGACAAUCACCCAGUAUUUCUCAAGGUGGUCCAGUUUUCCCCUUCCUCAUUACCAACAUCCCAAUCCAGGCAGGCAUCAUUCUCUCUUGGACCCCUAUGCCAGCAUCCUCACCAGUCUCUCUUCCUCAGUCUUAUCACCCCCUAAUCCUUUUCCUCAGCUGCCAAAGAGAUCCUUCUUACAUGCAGAUGUAUUCACACCUUCCUGCUUUCUAUUGCUCAGUGGCUGCCUAUCUCCCACAGCUCCUUCACUGAUCUACACACCCCUCAUCUCUGGCACUUCCUGCCUCUGACUUUGUUAGAGCAACUCUGGACUGCAGCCAUCCCACUGCAUUCACCAUGCCUUUUCCUGCCUCCGUGCCUCCCCCCUUUCUCCUGCUCCAUAACUCCUGCUCACAUCGUCCCUGAGGGCUUCCUUGGCCCCAUCCUCAGGUCGUUACUCUGAGUUCCUGCAACACAUCAGGCCCUUUGCUGUGGUUGUGUCUUUAUACCUUUCUGUAGUGAUCUGUUUCCAUGUCUUUCUCUUUCACAGGGUUGGAAGCUCCUUGGAUACCCAUCACUUGGCUCCAUUCCUACUACGUUGUUUUGAUCCUCAAAAUUAGUAGGAUGAAUGAAUAACAGAUUAUCCCCCCUUUCUGUGGGAAAGGACCAGUAAAAGAGAAAUUAGAGGCAAUAACUGGAGACAAUAUGAGAAAUACUUCAAAUAGAAAACAUCACACUGUUGGUUAAUCUCAUUUUUUUUUUAAAGUCGUGGCAUUUAAAAUAUGUUUAAGAGUAGCAUUUAAAUUCUAGGAAUUCUGAAUUGGGAAGAAUUAUCAGAGGUCAUCUGUCUCAAUCUCCAGUUUCUAAAGUACAUAGUUAAAAAGAGGGGAAAAAUGGUCAUUUAAAAAAAUGCCUUUUAAAAACAGCUUUCUCUAUCUCAACCCCUUGGACAAUGAGCCUUUCAGUCUCUGGGCCAGCUGAACGGAAACUGUUGAACUCCAAUAGGGACAUGGAAGCUUGGAGGACAGGACUGAAGGAGACUGGCCAUGGAGAAGACAGGGCAUUGCCUAGUGACUCGGGCAGCACCUGCCAUGGGCUUGUCCCUUCUACCUGAUGUUCCACGUAGCCCCGAGCAAGGAACCUUGCUUUUCCAGGUGCUGAUGCUAUCUCUGUCACGGAGAGAGCAUCGGGUGUACUUGCCUUCCUCGCUCUUGCUGUGUCACUGGUUAAUAAUGAUUUUUAAAUGUUAGAGGUUGGGAAAAUCUUCCUGAUUUUGUUCACUUAGGUCUAUUUGCGGAGGGCAGAGGUACUUGGCAAGUACUAUGAAAUGUCUAACAGACUGGAAGGGCUUUUACAUUAUAUGGAGAUAAAACUCAUUUGCGACUGUUUAAAGCAGAUAGUACAGAAGGAGAGGGAGAUUGGAGAGAAGGAAAUCAUUUUACUCCCCAGUCUGGUGAGAAGGAAGAGUGAUGUUGAAUCGCCCAGAGACAAUGAAGGAAUAACAAGGAAAGGGCGACAGGUAGAAAUGCUUGUCCAGCUGCUGGGAAAGCACCAUCACCAUACGCAGCACUGCCUGAAAGGCACAGAUCGCAAAAUCAGGAUCUGGGCCACAGAGCAGAGCUCUCAUGAGAGGAGGCAGAAUGAAUAAUAAGCCAAGACUGCAUGCUGGUCGACCGCAAAGUCAAGUCCAUAUCUGGGUAGAGUUAGCAGAAGAAAGAAAGCUGCCAGACUUGGAGUUGGGGGGGAUGGGAUUAGAAUAGCCUGAAGGGUGGAUGUGCAUGGAAAGAUCCCCUCAAGAAUUGGGAAGGGUUAAGGUCAAUCCAAGGCAGUGAUUCUUAAGGUGGGGGUGCUACGGGCAUCUAAUGAGUAGAGGCCGGGGAUACUGCUCCUCGUACAAUGCACAGGGCAAAGAACUAGCCAGUCCAAAGGUCAACUGUGCUAAGAUUGAGAAACCCUGAUCUAAGGGAAUUUUUCAACCUGACAAACAACCCCAGGGAGAGGGACUGGAUUUAUCAAAGGCCAAGUCACAGGUCCCCUCCCUAAUCUGACCAAGUAAAGGAGGCUGUUUGUGUCAGGCGACAGGAUCCUGCAUUCCGAGACCUCACGUUGGUGGCGAGAAAUCGGCUACAGUGGUGGUAUUUACAUCGCGGAAAUUGGCAAAUACUACAAAGCAGGGCUUGUGCCUCCCACGCUCCACACCCCGAGAGCCGAUUUUUCAACAGGUGCCCCCGCACCGCGGCUUCCCAGCUAGGAGGAAGGAGGUGAAUUCUCUUUCUCCCUCUCUCUCUGCUUUUUAAAGGGCGCUACCCUUAAACACGCAGCAAGUGCUGAUGGGAAACAGUAUGGCUUCCGGCGUCUCGGGAGUUCCGGCGCCACACGGCCCAGAUAGACCCCAGAAUGCAGGCACCCCGAAUUCGUGCUCAAACCCUCUUCCAAGCAGGACUCUGCUCUUCCUUCCGCUCCCCUGAGCGAAGAUGCGCACCUGAGGCAGGAGUGAGCAAUGCACAUUUUAUGGGCGGCGAGAGGGUUUAGUGGCGUACCACUCAGCGUUUCGUCCCCCAGCCCCCCGUUAGUCAUCUGCUCUUCCCCUCAUCAUUCUCCCCAUGGCAGCCAAGUGGAAACCAUGGUCACCCUUUCCUGUGCCACGCUAAGCACUUUAACUCCGUCUCAGCUCUCUCAAGCCCAGCCAGCAGCUGGCCCUGGCUCCCAGAAGACUCGGGAAAGCACAUUAUCAAAGCAGGCCACUUGCAGAGGGAUUGUAUCAUAAGGGUCCUGGAAGGAACAGAUGGAACUUUCCAAUGGGUAAUUUGAGGAGAAUUUAAUUGAGGGACCGUUUACAAAGGCAUAGGCAGAGUUUCAGGAAAACAACUCCAGGGUAGGAAGAGUGAACUGGCUUACUACCCAGUGGCAGGCAGAAUUCUAGGAUGACCUCCAAUGAGUCACAGCCUUGUCGAAUCGCCUGCCCUUGAAUGUGGGCGGACCCCUCAAAGCCAACAGAAUACAGCAGUUGUGAUGGAUGCCACUUCAGUGAUUAAGUCACCGUGCAAAACUCCUACAUCAUGGAAGACCAGAGGAGAGAGCCCCCCACUGGCCCUGAGGACAUGAGCUGCCCUGUUUUUUCAAAGGGUCACGUGGCAGGGAGGUAUGGGCAACCUCUAAGAGCUGAAAGCAACCCUCAGCUGACAGCCAGCAAGAAAGCAGGGACCUCAGUCCAACAACUGCAAGAAACUGAAUUCUGCCAAUAUCCACGUGAGCUUAGAAGGGAACCGACAUUCUAGAAAAGAGUUCUGUCUGGCUCAUGCCUAAGUUGUUGCCUUUUGAGACCCUGAGCAGAGAACCCAGCCAAGUCGUGCCCAGAUUCCUGACUCCUAGGAACUCUGCAUUAGAGCCUGCAUGUUUGUGACACCGGCCCCCCAAAUUCAUGUGGUGAAAUCCUCACCCCCAGUGUGACAGUAUUAGGAGGUGGGGACUUCUUAAGGUGAUUGGGUCAUGAUAGUGGAGCCCUCAUGAAUGGGAUUAGGGUCCUCAUAAGAGAAACCCAGAGAGCUCUCUUGCCCUCUUCCUGCCGUGUAAGGACACCAGGAGAAGACAGCCAUCCGCAUCUGGAAGAGGGUCCUCACCCGACCGUGCCAGCACGCUGAUCUCAGACUUCCCAGCCUCCAGGAUGGGAACAUGGGAAAAUGGAAGACAGUGUCUAGGACAUCCAAUCAAGGGGAGUCACGCUGACGGGUAACUGGUGACCAGGGAAGCUCUGUGUUCCUGAAACAUGAAAAAAUGGAGCUGGACUAGAAUGGGGACUUCUGACUUCCAACCUUAGAGGUUACUGAACUCUGCCGAAAUAUUACACGGGGCUACCUUUCAGUUGUGGAACGUGUCGAAGGCUGAGAAUGUUAUUCUGCCGUUGUCACCAUCAUCUAUCCCACUUGUUCAUGCACCCACCUGCGCAUGAGUGCCCCUGCUUGCUUUUUCAGCGUCCCAGUGUUACGGCGGAGUAUGGUAAGAUCAUGCAUGUUAUACAGUACUGGUGCACUGGUUACAGUUUCUAGUAUUUUGAUCCAUAAGGCAACAGAGGGUUGUAAAUUGUUGAAUUCUGGCAAGUAAUAGCUCUGUAUUCACCUAAGCACAUAUUAUGGGCUACAGAAUGGAAGAGCACUAGAGAUAACGCUUUGCAAACCCUCAUGCUGUGAUUACCGAUGCCGGUCUGAGAUCUGGCACUGGUUUGCCAUGGUCUUUUUCUUGAUUUGUGGUAACAUGAGGAAAAAAAGGACAAAGUAAGGAGUUUUCCAUAAAGUUAACUUUGUUCACUUUAAAGAGACUACCUUUUAUGCUGCGACUUGUCUUUCCUACUUUUGUGUGUGUGUUAAAAUGUACUUUCUUUAGUAGUAUUUUUAUGGUAUUUAUAGUUUAAAAAUGUUCUUGAGGGCAAUACUUACAACUGUUUUAUUCGCUAUUAUGUACUCAGCUUCGUGCCUGACGUAGGAGACUUAAUGACUAUUUAAAUGAAUGAGUAGAAGGUUGAUAUCCUUAGUUUGGUCACUAGUUUUUUCGGGUGGUGGGAUUUCACGAAUCCCUGAAAUCUAGAAGUCUGAUAAAUCUCCGAUCGUCACUCCUGAGGAGCGCUCCGAAGCACCUAGCGUAUUGGAAUGUCCCCGUCCCAAAUUCACAUCUGUUUGGUUCCUGAGAAGGUGACCAUAUUUGGAAAUAAGGUCUUUACAGAUGCAAUCAAAUUAAGAUGAGAUCAUAAUAAAUUAGAAUCGGCCCUCAUUCAAUGACUGGCAUCCUUAUAAGAAGAGGAGCUGGGAUAUAGAGACACAGGGACAAGGCCAUGCAAUGACAGAUGCCAGAAAACAGAGAUUGAAGGAUGGACCUCCAAGCCGAGGAACGCUGCAAACCACCAGAAGUUGCCUGAGGCAAGAAAGGUGUCCUCAGAGCUUUCAAAGGGUGCAUGGUCCUGGGGACACCUUGACAUUGGACUUCCACCCUCCAGAACUGUGAGAGAAUAAAUUUCUGUUGUUUCAA